GACGCUCCCCAGCUCGGCCGCAGGGAGAAGGACAUGCGCUCCAAGUUCGCCGAGCAGGGCUCCAGCGUCCAGGCCUCCUCCAGCACCGCCGGCGCCGUCGACCGCUCCCAGGGCGCUGCCCGCGCCAUCUCCUCCUUCAUCGACCCCAGCCUGUCCUGGAAGGACCUGCCGUACUUCCGCUCCAUCACCAAGAUGCCCAUUGCCCUCAAGGGGGUGCAGCGCGUAGACGACGUGCUGCGCGCCGUCGAGGCCGGCAUCGAUGCCGUCGUGCUCUCCAACCACGGCGGCCGGCAGCUCGAGUACGCUCCCUCCGCCAUCGAGCUGCUGGCGGACGUCAUGCCGGCCCUGCGUGCUCGCGGCUGGGACCGCAGGAUCGAAGUCUACAUCGACGGAGGCGUCAGGCGGGCCACGGACAUCCUCAAGGCCGUGUGUCUGGGUGCAAAGGGCGUGGGGAUUGGCAGGCCGUUCCUAUACGCGAUGAGUGCCUAUGGCACCGAGGGCGUCGAGAAGGCCAUGCAGCUGCUCAAGGACGAGAUGGAGAUGAACAUGCGUCUGCUGGGUUGCACCAGUAUCGACCAGCUGGGGCCCGACCUGCUUGAUACCAGGGGGCUCUCCGUCCACACCGUCUCAGGCCCCAUUGACAACCUUUCUCGCAGCGUUUAUGACCCGAUGAGCUUGCCUGCAGACAGGCCUGCUUCCAAGCUAUAAUACAAUACCCAUCUUCGUCUUCGUCUACGUCUCCGUCUGUCAUGUUCUGUCUGCCAUGUUCUGU